AUGAAGUUGUCUUUGGUUUCCAUGGCAAUAUUCAUCUUUGUUGUAAUGCUCGGUGUGAAGGACUCACAGCAAAUGCUGAGGGGGCUCAUGGAUCCAAGGGGACCACCGAAAGGACCCCCGAGGGGGCCACCAAGAGGACCUCCAAAAGGACCCCUAAGAGGGCCUCUGGGAGGGCCACCAACAAAACCAGCGAAUAGAACCUGCAGUAUUACUAAGAUGAGUAAGUUAGUGGCUGACAAUUUCGCUUUUGAGAAAGAGGAAGGGUUGGUGUGAUUUCAAAUUAAAACGUUAUGCUGCACACAGACCUGGAACAAGGAUAUUAUAUUGCAUCAAAUCAUUAUUUGUACCAAAGAAUUAGGGAAAAAAGAUCUGGGUAGUACCCUUGGAAAACUUCGUAAUUUUUGUCUCAAUUAAGUCACCGAGCAAACUCCUCCCCUCCGCUUGAGCCUCGAAGUAAAGUACAAACUUUGAUAUUUGAAACUGACCUUUUGAUAAAUGUUCCAUUUUCAUACUAAUUUUAUAAAUUGUCAAGCUUAAAAAAAAACUUUUAAAGAGAUUAAAGACAACUCGAUCAGUUGGCUUGAGGAACACGUGGUAACUCAGUAAGUUUUUCUGUCUUUCCUCCUGGGAUCUUACUAGAAAUUACUAGUAUAGUAUUGAUAGAACGUGAGCCCAAAAGACUGAAUUUGUAUUAAUUGUAUAAAACGAUAUUUUAGUGUACCGCACAAAGAAUGCUGGUGAUUCUUUAUAAUAUGUCUGCUGAAAGGGAACCUUUUCCGGGAAUGGGGCUUUUUAGAAAUUAGGUACUGUAAUCUUUACUCUUUCGCUCCCAAAGUUACCACUGAAAUUCAAGUUUCAACAAAAUUUCAAAUUUUCUUUCUAUAAAUGCUGCUAAGAAACAAAUAGUAUAAAAGCCUGUCAAGGGUUUUAUUGGAAUGGUCACAACACAGGAUCCUGUCCGCAGACUCAAAAACUGUCAAAGUUUGACUCCUUGAGUUAAGGUUAUAACCACGUUGCAAGACUACAUCACUGACUAACUCAUGGAGUAAAGCGGUUAAAAUUUCUAAUGCAUCUUCCUUUCCUAGGCUACCGAAUGGUAUUUCCUGAACGAAGAGUCGAAAACUACGUUCUUAUAAGGAACGCCAUUAAACAGGAACUCAGGGCAGUAACACUGUGCUCCUUUGUAAAAGACAAUGCGUCUGACAGCAGCUAUGAAAAACAGUGUCCUUACAGCUACGCCGUCCCUGGUCAACACAACGAGUUUUCUUUUUGCACAUCUCCAACUCUUCAAGUGCUGAUCAAUGGAACUACCAGGUAACAGAUUUAAUGUUUUUCCACCAUGAUCUCCUUCUUUAGGUUUUCUUGGGAUGGAAUUCUUAUUAAAAGUGUCUGUUUUAGAGAGUUUUCUGCCUUAGUGACCACUUCGAUAUUACCCAUGAGACUGUCGAUUUGCACCAGGGGACCCGACUUAUUGUAGCCUAUUAAUUAAUGUGAUAAGUGUUCCCAAAACUGCCCCACAAAGCAAAUGGUACCAAGAUAGUCCUGGUCUCGCUCGCGAGCUCAAAAUAGCCAAGUGAGUCAAAGGAAAUGAUUGAAUUAGUUGUAGGGACCCACAGUGGGAGUUCAGUUUUAGGGAGGUGCCUGUUAACCCUUUAAGUCCCAAUAUCCACACACAAAUUCUCCAAACUGGUCUCUACACAUUUCCUUAAAGAAUGAGUUGAGAGAAUUUGAUAAACGAUCAAGGCAUUUUAGCUUUGGUGAUCACUUUUUUAAAUCUCAUAACCUAAUCUCUUGACAAUGUAUGGAUAUCAUUAGGAGAAAAUUGAUUUUGGUCACUAUUGGGAGUUAGAGGGUUAAGCUAAGCGACAGUUGACUGUGCAAGAAAUUAACAAUACAUAAACCUUACAGGGCCGAUAGUGAUUGAGUUUAAAGAAAUCGUGCACGUGGCUGGUGUUCCAUUUAUUUGUCUGGCGAUGUUUAUUAUUAGUUCAAGCCGCCUACAGGAAUAUGGCCUUCGUUCUUUACAGCGGAACGCCCUAAAACAAUCAUUCUCCGAAGUUGUUAAUCGAUAUCAAGAGCCAUAAGAGAGAGAGCCUUCCCAUUAUGGCUCUUGUCGAUAUUUAUAAAAGAAUACGGUUUGGUUUUUCGCCAAGGAUUGUCAAACUUUAAGGCUCGAAUUCUUAUCUGAAAGAAUGCCCAAUUUAAUACAUUGCCAAAAGAAAUAGCCUGAAUAUAUAAUCACUCCUUAAUAGCACUAGUUCACAAGGGCUUCAGUUUGUCUUACUGAAAAUAGGGUGAAAAAACCGUCACUUAAAACUUUGAGCAUUUCUUUUCAUUUCCCAAAAUUCUGUCUUUUCUUGCCCGUGUUUGUCUGUUGACAGGAAAACCAGUGUUUCCAUCGAAGACGGUAAAUGGCACCAUAUUUGUUUCACUUGGGAGAGUUCUACAGGACGAUACAGAUUUUUCAAACACGGCAAAACAGUCGUCAUGGGUUCUGACUUUCAAAAGGGUUACAAGAUCAGAGCAGGAGGGACAUUGGUGCUUGGUCAAGACCAGGACAAGCUUGCUGGAGACUUUGAUGUCGAAGAAGCGUUUGUAGGCGAAUUAUCCCAGCUUAAUGUAUGGGACAGUGUUCUUCCGAGGAUGGUUAUUGUCAAACAACGCAAAAAAUGUCACAUUACCAAAGGCACAAUCAACUGGUGGGAGCAGUUUAAGGAUUUUGUCUUUGGAGGAGUGAAAGUGAUUGAAAAAUAA